CUCACUCCAUGCACUCAAACUGGUUGUGAUUUGUACAGUAAGUGCACACAAUAACCAUGGGCUCCGUGGACUUCAAUGGCACUUUGGAGCACCAACCCUUACUAGUGAGGCUUGACUCGCACACACAGAUUCAAAAUUUGUCAUCUGAGGCCAUUGAAGAAUUCUUGGAACAUAGGCCUAUUGCAUUGAAAUGGUGGUCAAAGCUUGUUGUGUGGGAGUCAAGGCUCCUAUGGCUUCUCUCUGGGUCUUCUAUUGUUGUGUCCAUUUUCAAUUACAUGCUUAGUUUUGUGACCUUGAUGUUCACUGGCCAUUUGGGGUCUCUAGAGCUUGCUGGGGCAUCUCUAGCCAGUGUUGGUAUUCAGGGUCUUGCUUAUGGUAUUAUGUUGGGAAUGGCAAGUGCAGUGCAAACUGUGUGUGGGCAAGCAUAUGGGGCAAAAAAGCUUGGAGCAAUGAGCAUCAUAUUGCAAAGAGCAGUGAUCUUACACAUUGGAGCAGCAGUGAUUCUUUCAUUUCUGUACUGGUUUUCUGGGGAUUUUCUGAAAGCCAUAGGACAGUCAGAGAGCAUAGCAGAGAGAGGGCAAGUGUUUUCCCGGGGACUCAUUCCCCAACUCUAUGCAUUUACUAUAAGCUGUCCAAUGCAGAGGUUCCUCCAAGCUCAGAACAUUGUGAAUCCUCUUGCAUAUAUGUCAGUUGGUGUGUUCCUUGUUCACAUUCUUCUCACUUGGGUAGUUGUCUAUGUUUUGGACUAUGGCCUUCUAGGGGCAGCCCUUUGUCUCAGUUUUUCUUGGUGGCUUCUUGUCUUGUUGAAUGGCUUCUACAUCAUAUUUAGCCCUUCAUGCAAGGAAACAUGGACUGGUUUCAGUGUAAAAGCCUUCAGAGGAAUUUGGCCUUAUUUCAAGCUCACAGUUGCUUCUGCUGUCAUGUUAUGUUUGGAAAUAUGGUACAGCCAAGGACUGGUGCUUAUAUCAGGACUUCUCUCCAAUCCCACAAUCUCACUGGACUCAAUUUCAAUUUGUAUGAACUAUUUGAACUGGGAUAUGCAAUUCAUGUUGGGCCUUAGUACAGCAGCCAGGUUAGCAACAAAACAAUGUGCUUUUCCAUUCCAAAAACCUUCUCAAAAGCUUGCUAAUGAAAUGAUCCAUCAUUGCAGUAUCAGAGUCAGCAAUGAAUUAGGAGCAUCCCAUCCAAGAAUAGCAAAAUUUUCUGUCUUUGUAGUGAGUGGAACCAGCAUCCUCGUUAGUGUGAUUUUCUGUUCCAUUAUUCUGAUAUUCCGUGUUACUUUGAGCAAACUUUUCACUUCUGACACUGAAGUCAUUGAGGCUGUGUCUCAUUUGACUCCCUUGCUUGCCAUUUCUGUUUUCCUGAAUGGCAUUCAACCAAUACUGUCAGGGGUGGCAAUUGGAAGUGGAUGGCAAGCAGUAGUGGCUUAUGUAAACUUGGGUUCAUACUAUUUUGUUGGUCUUACUGUUGGAUGUGUUCUUGGCUUUAAAACUUCUUUAGGAGUUGAUGGUAUUUGGUGGGGAAUGAUCCUUGGAGUUCUUAUACAGACAGCAACUCUAAUAGUUCUGACUGCCAGAACAAAUUGGCAAGCAGAGGUUGAAAAGGCUGUUGUUCGCAUCAAAAGAUCCGCAGAAAAUGACACCUUAGAUCAACUGGUUCCUGACUCAUAGGCAUUCAUCUUUUUUCUUCAUGGCUUGGUGGUAGGAAUGCACCUUAUCUUCAUAGGAAUGUAGUGUAGGAGUACCAAAGGAAUGUUCUUGAGGACUUUCUUCUCUCUAUCUUUCUGUUCACAUAACUUUGAGAAUCUAAUAUGUAAUAAUGAAAACCCAAAUUUCACCGUCAGAACAACUAUGCCAUGCAGUUUUGUUUCAAGAAUUGAUCUUCAAUCAACAAGAUCUUAUGAAAGUAAUGAUAAAUAAACACGAGUUUGUUGUAACCUGA